GCUCCAGCCGCGGUCCGGGCCCCGCCCCUCCCCCCGGCCGCCGCGGCGGUGUUGUUGUGGUGGCGGCGGCCGGCUGCGGCGGAGCUCACCGGGGCUUGAGAGAGCCCGGGCCUGCGCGUCGCUGCGGUGGGCUGGACCGACCGCCCUGGCCCAGGAUUAACUUAUAUUUGGAAAUCAAGUGCAAUAUUAAAAGGAAAGCAAACCUCACUACAUUGUUGGAAGCCAUUUCUACUAAUUAUUUUAGAUUUUAAAGUUUAUGAUUUGAUUUGAAUACUAUCAUGGGAGGAGCUGUGAGUGCUGGGGAAGAUAAUGAUGACCUAAUUGAUAACUUAAAAGAAGCUCAGUAUAUCCGCACUGAAAGAGUGGAGCAAGCCUUCAGAGCGAUUGAUCGUGGAGAUUAUUAUCUGGAAGGCUACAGAGACAAUGCUUAUAAAGACUUAGCCUGGAAGCAUGGAAACAUACACUUGUCAGCACCUUGCAUUUAUUCUGAAGUUAUGGAGGCAUUGAAACUUCAACCAGGAUUGUCUUUUCUUAACCUGGGAAGUGGAACCGGAUAUUUAAGUACAAUGGUGGGCUUAAUUUUAGGUCCUUUUGGAGUAAAUCACGGGAUUGAGCUUCAUUCAGAUGUGGUGGAGUAUGCCAAGGAAAAACUGGAGAGCUUCAUCAAAAAUAGUGAUAGCUUUGAUAAAUUUGAGUUCUGUGAACCAGCAUUUGUGGUCGGUAAUUGCCUCCAGAUAGCAUCUGACAGUCAUCAGUAUGAUCGAAUUUAUUGUGGUGCCGGAGUCCAGAAAGACCAUGAGAACUACAUGAAAAUCUUACUGAAAGUGGGAGGCAUAUUAGUCAUGCCUAUAGAAGAUCAGUUAACACAGAUUAUGCGGACUGGACAAAAUACUUGGGAAAGUAAAAAUAUCCUUGCUGUUUCAUUUGCUCCACUUGUGCAGCCAAGUAAGAAUGAUAACGGCAAGCCUGAUUCUGUGGGACUCCCCCCCUGUGCUGUCAGGAACCUGCAGGACUUGGCCCGUAUUUACAUUCGACGUACACUUAGAAAUUUCAUAAAUGAUGAGAUGCAGGCCAAGGGAAUUCCUCAAAGGGCCCCACCCAAAAGGAAAAGAAAGAGAGUGAAACAGAGAAUUAACACGUACGUCUUCGUGGGUAAUCAGCUUAUCCCUCAGCCUCUAGACAGUGAGGAGGAUGAGAAGAUGGAGGAAGACCACAAAGAGGAGGAGGACAAAGACCACAGUGAAGCCAUUAAGCCAGAAGAGCCGCCUCAGAACUUACUGAGAGAGAAAAUCAUGAAACUACCCCUCCCUGAGUCAUUAAAAGCUUACUUGACAUAUUUUAGAGACAAGUAACUUAGUUCAAGGAGAAAGAAUACCUGCUGAUAAUUCCUUUAGUCUUGAACAUGUAGCAUUUGUUAGGAGUUAGAAUUAUUUCUUUCAUCAGAGUAAAUUACAGUGGAAAACAAAAGUAUAACUUGUUUCUGUCAUUAACAAAAAUUAUGUAUCCAGUAAUUAAGAAGAAUCCCUUUUAUAAAAUCUAUUUUUCUUUAAAUCUUGGGGAAAUUGCUGUUUUAUCUGAGAGUGAUUUGAAAGUGGAAUGCAACCAUAGCCAAGACCUUGUGUCCUAUACAUCCUUUUCUGACUCCUUACAGAUUUAUGGUGGUGAAGGCUGGGUGUAAUUUUAUAUGAAGUAUAAGUCAUUGUUAAGCAUAUAAAACUGAUUUGAAUUGCAGUUAUUUGCAUUUCCUCUGUGAAAACUUUCUUAUCUAGUAAGGAAAUCAAAGGCUUUGUAGAUCUAUUUACCUUACUUUUUUGCAAUCACUAUUUCUGAGUUGCUGUAGAUAUAUUCCGGGCAAUACAUGAGUGCAAUAAUAAUAAUGCAACAUAUCAAGUAUUUAGCUUUAAAAAAAAAUUCAUGGAAUUCAACAGCCCUGCAACUUUUGCUUUAGAACCUGUUGCCAGAAGACCUUGGCAGGGUGUUUAUGUGUAGGGGAAUAUCUGCUUCUCUCAUAGAGAUUUCUAAGAGCACAGCAAAUAGAAACUAAUUAGAAAGUAUACACUUAAUACAAUUCUUAGUUAAUAUGGACCCUUUACAUUUUCAGUAUUUAAAAUUAAUGAGGUCAUUUUGACUCUCAAAGUUUUCAACGUCUGUUUAGGAUUGUUUUCCUGUAGUUGACUAUAUAAAGUGUUCAGUGUAAAAGCUCCAGUGUUGUGUGUGACUCUUGAUAGCAUAGGCUCUUGAUAGCGAGUGAGUGAGUAAGCACAUGUGGCUGCCACUUUCCUGGACAGUUCGAGUUGCAGGGCUUGAGCAGGCCUGGGCAGCAGAUGCACUUUAGUAAGUGAGAUUUCCAGUUUAUCUGAAUAUUUAUCUCUGACAAGGAGGGCUGAGCUUACUACAUACACUUUGGAUCUUUCUAGUAAGAUAAAUAUUCACAUAAAUCGUAUGUAGACACCAUUUGUUUUGAAAAAUCCAGUUCAGAAUCACAGUGUAAACUUUGGGACCUACACCAAGUUCAUCUGACAACUCACUUUUUAAUGUUUUUUGGUUUUUUUUUUUUUUUUUUGGUAGAAUUAUAAUGGUUUUCUUUUACUUUUUUUUUUUUUUUGGCUUAAUAUGAAAUUUACCUAGCAGGUAACAAGAAAUCUUAUUAUAACUUUGUUUCUCUAGUAAGGCCUGCUAAGAUAGUAUUUUCUGUAACAUGCCUCUUCCUGAUACAUACAGUAUGUAUUUUUAAAGGGAAAACUUGAGGAUAUUGCUUAUUAUCACAAGUAUCAUUAUUAUGAUAGUUACUCAGAUUUGCCUAAGCAAACCCAGUCAUUGCAUAGUCAAUGAGGUUUUAUUUCACCAUUAUGUUUCAAAUAUUGUUGCAAAAAUCUCAGCUCCAGUAAUCUCUACACAUCUAGAAACAAGUGUUUGAAAUAAUAUAAGCAUGUCAUUGCCCCAGAUAACGGAGGAUGUUUUCACGAUAUAGAAGAGUUUCAGGGAAUGUACUACUUCUGGCGAUGGGAAGUAGAAGUGGGGAUAGCAUUACAUUUCAUUCAGAUGAUUAUCAAGGGUAUGUUAAAGUCCCAUCGUGUUUCCAGCUGGAAACGGUUUCAUGUUGUUGUCAUCUGUCAGAAAUGUUUAUUGUAUUUUGAGCUAUAUGUCUGUUUUAGAAGUGUAGCCAUAGAUCUCUCCUGUUCACCUGUUUGUAUCUAGAAAGCUUGGGGAGACUUCCCAUCUUUUCUUAUCCCUCAUCACCCCAAUUUUAUUUGAGCUGUUGUCCAGAUAUGUACAAGCACAUGUUCUUAAAUGAUGGCUUCACUAUUUAGGAAAGAGUUUUUGUUGAGCAUGUAUUUGAAGAUUGACUUUCAUAUUGUCUUUCAUUCUCUUGAUCUUGGUAAAGUGUACAGUAGAUUUUUUCAUGAUCAUUGAAUACUUUUUUGUCAUUGAAAUUUAUCUUUUCUGUUUUUAAGUGCAUUCAUUUUACAGUAGUGAUGUUAUCAUUGAAUUCAAAUAAAGAAGUAGAAAUAAAAAAUGAGACCACAUGUGAAAGACUUGUUAUAUACUAAUGUAGAUAUAUUAGAAGAAGAGUAUUUUGGGAUUGUGUUAUUUUUACUGAAUUCAUGUUUAUGAGGAGUUUAGAAAGUUUUUGUAAGUGGAGAAGAUCAAAUAAGGAAAAAGUUAAAAUAGAAAUGACAAUAUAGUCAUGAACUAUUACAGUCAGAUUAGAAAAUAGUUAAUAUCUAAGCCUUUGUUUGCAUAUGCGGAAAUGGGUGUGGAGGGGUGGCAUAUUUUGCCUUAGUCACACAGCUAGUUAGGGGGCUUGAAGUAGCAUCAGGUAAAUGCCAACAGUUGUCAGUGACAUCAUACCUACCAAGAAGUCUGUACAUCUCUACAGCUUGUUGAUCAAACUAUUUGGUUCUAAUAUUAAAAAUAUGAUUAAGAUAGCAUACAUGCAUAAUGGUUAAAGUAACAUACAAGAAUGUUGUGUUGAUUUCUAGCUGUGUGAGAUGAUGAAAGUCAAGUCAAGCAUGUGAAAUCCUUGGAAGACAUGGAAAAAUAUUUUAAAUAAACAGUUGCAUAUAAUCAUCA